CAGGUCCUGAGGUUCAGCUCCUAAAACAUGCAGGACUCUUGAGGACGGACUUUGGACACCUCUGGUCUAGAGUUUGGAUAGCUUGGACUCUGGUUUUUGUAGAUAAUCAGUAACUGAAGUACUGCUGCUGGACUCCAGCGGUGACGGAGGCUGUGGAGCUUCAGGAGGUCUUCAGGUCUUGARAGGACACCUGCACAGCUGGCAGGGACAGGGUGCUUAGAAGGACUGAGGUCUCUGUGGUCCUGGAUUCAAAAGAGGACUCUGACUGUUGGUCCAACUAAAACKAUCCUAGCUUCAGAUCAGAUACUUUAAGACUUUUACUKAAGUAUCACUUUGUGGUACUUUAUGCAACAGAACUCAGGUCUGGCCUGCAGGGGGCGUCAGACCCCCGCYGACGGAAGUCUCUCAGUAGAAAAAGAAACUCUGGUUCCGGUGGUUCCGGUUAGACUCUGGAGUCCUGAAGACUCUGACCCGGUCCGGUUUUGAAUGUUCGGUUUCAUCUGAACACGUUUACAACCAAACUCCCAUGAAAACCGUCUGAAAAGUACCGAACCGGGUCAAACAGCUGCUGGGUUCGGACGGACAGAAGCGGAAACGCGUCACGUGAUCAGGUCUAAGCUUCCGGUCAGAUUGGAGGACAAGCUUGAUGAGUGGACUCCCUGUCGGAAACGGUCCAGGACCAUGUCCCUGCAGGUGUGGACUCUGUCCUUCAGGCAGCCCUARGCUGGUCUGGUUCUGGACGGGGUGAAGACCGUGGAGAGUCGCUGGAGGCCCCUGCUGGGCCCCCUGGAGAACCAGACCCUGGCGGUCCACGUGGCCUGGCGGGACUGGGAGGGGGAGGAAUGGCGGUCGGUGCUGAGUGGCCCGUUGGGGAUGAGCAGGACCCAGAUCCUGGACCUGCUGGACUCGGGGGAGCGGUUCGGCCGUGGUGUGGUGGCAGGACUGGUGGAUGUGGGCCAGACCUGGCUCUGCCCCGCCUCCCCACAGGAGGAGGAGCUUCAUCGUCUGGAGCAGUCGGCACUCCUGAUUGGUCUACAGGACAAGUACCUGACUCACCUGUCCAACCCUCGCUGGCUGAUGGAGCCGCUGCAUACCCGAGGAGGUCCAGACCUGUGGACCGUGGAGAUCCCUUUUGAGCUGUUACCAUGACGACACAUCUGGAGCUGGUCCUGGUCCAGGACAGGUCUGAACCCUGACCUGUGCUGUGGUCUCCAGGGGGGUCUCCUCCAGACCGACACACUGAGGCUGAACUGGAUCAUCAGGACUGGACUCUGGAGGCCUGGACUCUAGAGGACUGGACUCAGGAGGACUCUGGAGGCCUGGACUCUAGUGGACUGGACUCUAGUGGACUUUGGAGAACAGGACUCUAGAGGACUGGACUCAGGAGGACUCUGGAGGCCUGGACUCUAGUGGACUGGACUCUAGUGGACURUGGAGAACAGGACUCUAGAGGA